AUGGAUGGGAUGGACAUUGAUGAUUAUUCAAGAGAUCGUUCUCGUUCACCAAUAAGAGAAAGAUCUCCGAUAAGAGAGAGAUCUGGUAACUCAUAUUCUGGUAGUGGAAGUAGUGGUAGGGAUAGCUACUCUAGAAGAGACUACGGUGGAUAUUCAAGACCAUCUUAUGGAGGCGAUAGAAGAAGAGAUUAUGGCCGUGGUAGUUAUGGAGGUGGUCGUAAUGGUAGAGAUUAUGGCAGAUCGGUUGCAACCAGUGAUGCUGACUAUCGUUCCAAAACAGAAAGAAAUUUUGAUAAUUCCAUUUUCAUUGGAAACAUCCCCUUUGAUUGCACAUCUCGCGAUAUUGAAGAUAUUUUUAAAAAGGAUUUUUCUAUAGUCAGAGCAGAUAUUGUUACAAAUAAGGGUCGUUCAAGAGGUAUGGCUACUGUUGAAUUCAAUUCAAAGGACGAUGUUAGAGAAGCUAUAAAUAAAUUUGACCGUUAUGAAUAUCGUGGUCGUGAAAUCUUUGUUAGGCAGGAUUACCCUCCACCAGAAAAGAAACAUGAUUACGGACCACCAAGAGGCAGAGGAACUACAUACGACAGCAGAUCCGGGAGUAGAGAUAGAUACAAUGACAGAUAUCAAAGCAGUAGAAGAAAUGACAAUUAUGCUCCUCCUGCACCACCAAGCAAACCAGGUACAGAAGUUUUUAUUGGUAAUUUGCCAUUCUCGGUAAAUUGGCAAGCUUUGAAGGAUUUGAUGAGAGACGCUGGUGAAGUUAUUAGAGCUGAUGUUAGAUUGGACAACUAUGGUAAUUCAAGGGGAUUUGGUACUGUUGUUUUCAACACCGAAGAGGAAGCUGCCAAAGCAGUUGAGAUGUUUCAAGGUUAUGAAAUUGAAGGUAGAAAAUUAGACACUAGACCAGGCCGUUCCACUGGAUCAUCAUCAGGAUAUGAAAGAGAUUCUUAUAGGUCGUCAGAUACUACUGAGAAAUCUAGUUAUGGCGACAGAAGCAAAUCCGCAGUUGCAAAUAAGAAUUCUGAGUUUACUGAUGGUGUCACUGCCGAUGGUGAAAAGUCAGAUACUAUCUAUGUUGCCAACUUACCAUUUGCUACUCAGGAUGAUGAUUUGUAUGAUUUGUUUGAAACCGUUGGUAGAACAACCAAGGCUGAAAUCCAAUAUGCUGAUGACGGUAGACCAAGUGGAAACGCUGUUGUUCAAUUUGAAAUUGCUGAUUUGGCUGAAAAUGCAAUUCUGCAAUUAAAUAAUUAUUUGUAUGGUGGUAGAAAUCUUCAGAUUUCAUAUGCCAAAAGACCAGAAGAAAAAGUCUAA